AUGUCAAGCUCAUUGAAGAGGAACAUCUACAAGCAAGAACAACAACAUCAUCAACAACCAAAAAACAAUAAAAGAAGAUGUCUGGUUUCCAGACUCUCAUCUUACAACCCAUACGAACUGAAUCAGGGCGAGCCCUUAGAUUCGUCUUCAUCUGAAAGCGAUUCAGAUUGUACCAUUACUAAGUUUUGUUCAAGAAGAACAAGAAACAACACUAGGAACACCAUUAGAAACAACAAUAAGAGAUUGAGAUCGAUAAGUUUUACCAGCAUUGACUCAAAGCUAUCCAAGGCUGUUUCUCAAUAUAGCGAUGACGAUGACAACCAGUCUGAUAGUAACGCACAAGAAGAGGAAGCACAAAAAGAAGCUAGAGAAGUAACUCAAUCUUUUAGCAGAGAUUCUACCUCAACUUUAAAUUCAACCUCUUACGCUUACUCGGAUUAUGAAAAUACAUUGCCAGUAAAUGAUCGUCAUAGGUUGAAGUCGUCUAAUGAUAUCUUAAAUUUCAAUUACGAUAACAAGAAAUCGGGUUUGACCAAUAAAAGAUAUUCAAUCAGUAUUUCUGAUGUCAUGAAAAAUGGUGGUAAUAGUAUCAAUAUAAACGAAUUUACCAACAAGAGCCUCAAACAUGGUGGUAAUAUACCAUCUUGUGAUUUUUCAGCAAGGUCUCGUUGUUUUGAGUAUUUGAUUGGUGCAAUUGAUGAAGCCUGGGCACGUUACUGUGAUUCGACUUCAUAUGAUGAAGAUGUAGCAUAUGGUUAUGAAAAUGAACAUGAAUAUUCGACCGCCAAUACCCCAACCUCAAACGUUUAUUCUUCUGAUGAUGAAGGUUAUAAAACUGAAAUCUCAACAACAACUGCAUUGACUGAAUAUGAAAGUGAUGACCAUAAAACUUUACCACAAAACAAUUACUCGAGACGCUCAUUAGGUAUGAUGUCUAAUAGCGGAAACAACAUGUCAUUCCAAGACUCUCUCAAUAAGAAGGUUUCUGAAGUCCCUGAAAAUUUAAGAUUACAAGAACUAAAGGAUAGAUUUACUAAAUCCAAGUAUUACCUUGAAGAUUUAGUGGAUUCUGAUUUAUACCACGAUUGUCUUGCAUUCUGGACAAAGUGGGAUUUGAUUAAGUAUUCAAUUGUUGAUUUUGUCGAAGAAGACGAAGAAGAUGAUGAUAUCGAAAAAAAAAUCGAUGAACUCGAAGCUGGUCGCUUUGCUGGUUCAUUAGUUGACUAA